AUGGCGGCGCUGCGCGAGAGCUUCACGCUGUGCGGGCUCGGGCCCCGCGGCGGCGUCGGGAGCGGCGGCGUCUUGGCCCUGGAGCCGGGCCCGGGCCCCGACCACGUCCUGCUCACCGACCGCGGCAGGACCGCCACGCUCUUCAAGGUUUCAGACCAGAAGCCACUAGGUUGUUGGUCACUGAAACAUGGGCAGAUUCUCACGUGUCCAGUUGUGUGCAACUUUGAAACUCAUGAAUAUAUAGCUGUUCAUGAUGACAAGGUUUUAAGAAUAUGGAAGAACCAAGAUAUUAACUUGGACAAAGUAUUUAAAGCAACGCUUUCAGCUGAUGUGUACAGGAUACAUUCAGUCCCCAGUGGAGGGCCAGUGGUCCUGUUCAGAGGAGGUGGUGUUCGGACUUUAGAUGUCCUUUUGGAAGCUCCACAGCAAGAAAUUGAAAACAUUAUCUCAGAUGAAGUCAUCAAGUGGAGUGAAGCUCUUAUGGAAGGUGAACAACCUGUCUUAAUUUUCACAACUGAGAAAAAUGAGGAUUUUUUUGUCUACGUGCAGAAACUGAAGAUGAAUAGUCUACACAGAUACAAGCUUGAACAACAGGAAUCAUCUAAGCCACUGAAUUUCACAGCCUAUGUAAAUAAACAAAUGAUCACACUACUGUGUUUGUAUUCCAACAACUCUGUGUACAAGGUUCUGGUACCUCUGAAGCAAAACACUGAAGAGGAAAUUUUGUCCAAGUCGCUGUUACUAAACCUUUCAAUAUCUGGAAGAGCUCUAAAAGGAACUUCUUUUGUUGUCCUUGACAAAGACCACGUUGCAGUGUUGGGAAGGCAUGCUGCACCUGGUAAAGAAUACAAAGAGUGCCUAACAAUAUGGAAUACAAAAUUUCAGACAUUGCAAACUUCAAAGGAGCUGCCCCUGGGAACCAGUGGACAACUGUGGUGCUAUGAGGAGAAGUUUUUUUUCACUCAUGGAAAAGUGCUAACAGUAGUUAUGUACAAGUGUGAAACAUCAUCGUUGGCAGCUGCUGUGGGAAAGCUCAAGGACAGUCAAGCCCCUGAUAUGUCUUCAUUUGUAAACUGGAAUACCCUGGGAGAUGAAGAGCUGGUGGUUUCCUUUCAGUCACAGGAGUCUGUAGAUCUAAAAUCUGAGUCCAAAAUGACUUUAAGAUCAAAGAGGAACACUGCUGCUGAAGUACAGCCAGACAACUUACCAGUUGGGCAGCUCUUACUAAAGCUAAAAGAUGCUACUCCAAGUGUAUUUGAAGAUGGAUUGAGACAAAUUAUAUCAAAAGCACAGAUGCCAGAUUUACAAGCCAUCUCUGGAUGUGUAGUGACUGCCCUUACCAACAGAUGUAAAGCUAAUCCGAAGUACUACCCUAAAAAUUUCCUGCUAGACAUAGUCCAAACCCAUGACUUGUCUUACAGCUUAUGUCCAGAUUUAAUGCCUCUUGCUUUGGAGAAAAAAGAUGUGUAUCUCUUACAACUCUGCUUACGACGGUUUCCAGAUAUCCCUGAAAAAAUUACUUAUGCUUGCUUGAAAGUAUUUUUAGGCAUUAGAGAAGCCUCUCUUCAAGAUGUAGAUUUGGAUCUAGACUCUGUCAUCUGUUACAUUGAUCUUGAUUUCGACGAUAAAGAAGUUAAGACUGAAAUAGUAGAAAACGGUUUCAGUGCAGAGCUGGAACAAGAGAUGUGGGACACUAAAAUCACAAAGCAGGCCCAUCUGACAACUGAUGGGGAAUUCUGCCCUGUUGGACCACAGAAGGCAGCGUUGUUAAAUGCUGUUGUCCGUUCAGCUUACAGUGAAACCUUUCUUUUGCCUCAUCUGAAAAACCUUCCAUCCCGGGAAGCUCUUCUGUUUCUCAGGUACUUAUACUACCUGUAUGUGAAAUGCAGUGAAAAAAUUAAUACCACCCUUCCUGGAACACACUCUCCAACUAUAAGUCAGAUUCUGGACUGGAUGUGCCUAAUACUUGAUGCUCACUUCACAGUUAUGGUGAUGCUACCAGAGGCAAAAGAGUUGCUUUCAAAUCUGCAUAAGUUUGUGAGAGCCCAAGUACGAUUCUACUCGGAACUCAACAAAAUUGAAGAAAGUUUGCGAGAAUUACAAAGACUCAGUCACCAGAGAGACUGUCAAACAUAUUCUAUUGAAGUGCUGGAACUUAUUUGA